AUGCGCACGAUUUUCACGAUCCUGGCCGUCGCGGCCUGGAUUAUCCCCGCCCAGGCGCUCUACUUUUACAUGGAGGGCGACGCGCAGAAGUGCUUCUUCGAGGAGCUGCCCAAAGACACGCUCGUAGUUGGCCACUACUCCGCGGAGCAAUGGGACGACAACGCGCGCACGUACAUUCCCAACACGAACGUGGGCGUCUUCAUCAGCGUUGAGGAGGUCUUCGACAACGACCACCGCGUCGUCUCGCAGCGCGGCGCCCAGAAGGGCCGCUUUACGUUCUCGGCCGCCGACAGCGGCGAGCACCGUCUCUGCUUCAGCCCGCUCAACGCCGUCACGCACUCGGGCCAGCUUGUCGGCGGCCAGCAGAUGGGCGGCAUCCGCUUCACGCUCGACCUGGCUAUCGGCGAGACCAGCCAGAUCGAGAGCACCGACAAGGGCAAGAUGCAGGAUUUGCAGCAGAAGGUCCGCGAUUUGAACGCUAGGCUGCAGGAUAUCAGGCGCGAGCAGAUUUUCCAGAGGGAGCGCGAGGCGGAGUUCAGAGAUCAGUCCGAGUCCACGAACAGCAGAGUCGUUCGCUGGACUCUGGUCCAGCUGGCGGUUCUGGGCGUUACUUGCGCGUGGCAGCUGUCCCACCUUAGGGCCUUCUUCAUCAAGCAGAAGCUGACGUAA